CAGUGGCAAGAGAGUUGAAGAUAUCAAGAAAAAUAGCAUGGAACAUAUGGAGUUUAACUAGAGGUCAGAUGCGUGUUGGUCUACCUAUUGCUGGUGAUUGCUAGUGGAAAGUUGGCUAUGCAAUGGAAGUGUCUAAAUCUAUAGUCCCUAGAUGGCUAAAAAGAAAGGCUAUAAGGAGACAUUCUCAUGCCAUCAAGAUAUUUUUAUCAGACUCGGGAAAAUUACGUUAUCUUAGUACUAACUCCCUUUUCCCUACACAAACCCUACUCGCUGCUCGCCACUGCCUUUGCCGUCUGUAAGGUUCGCGACGCGCGGCACCAACGGCUCAAGGAACGCAGUUCGAAGGAACUUGUUCUACCGUGUCUUCUUCUGAGAAUCAUUGAGUGGAGAUUUUCCAUCUGUUUUCGCAGUACUCUGCAUUCUCACUCAUAGCAAUGGCUAAUGUAGAGGUAGAGGCGCUGGACUUUGAGCCCGAGGACGACGAUCUGAUGGACGAAGAUGCCGAUGCUUCCCCCAGGGGUCCAAUUCCCAGGAUCAAGUCCACUAUCGGCGACUCCUCUGCUCCAAAGAAAACAAAGGGCCGCGGCUUCCGCGAAGAGGCUGCUGAGGCCGAACGCAAUGCUCGUUUGUCUGCUCCCUUCGAUUCGCUUGUCUCCGACGGUGGCCCUGGUCCUGAACGAUCGAUUGAAGGAUGGAUUAUUUUGGUAACUGGGGUUCACGAAGAGGCUCUAGAGGAUGAUAUACUUAAUGCUUUUGGUGAAUUUGGAGACAUAAAGAACUUGCAUCUGAAUCUGAACCGUCGCACUGGAUUUGUCAAGGGCUAUGCUCUGGUUGAAUUUGAAAACUUUGAAGAAGCAAAGAAGGCAAUCAGUGAGCUAGAUGGAACUGAGAUUCUCACUCAAAUCAUUCAUGUUGAUUGGGCAUUUAGCAGAGGCUCGUUCAAGAGGAGGAACUCACGGAGAUCACCUCGAGUUCAUCGUUCAAGAAGUCCCCGAAGAAGAUACUAGUCGUCGUCUAUGUCUGUUUAGUAAUUGAUUUUCUUUUCUCACUUGAAUAUUACUUUGACAUUUACUUUUUGUCACAGUAAUUACUUUCUCUCUACUAUUUCUGAAGUACUCCCAGUUAUUUGCAGUUUCAUGGGUGUGGUUUUUUUAUUUACUUAAAAGAGUUUUUUUAGAAAACACCAUUCUAUAAAAAAAAUAUCCAGUUUUU